AGUAUAUUCCGGAAAUGAACAGUGUGCAGGUGAAGAUCACAUGUUUCAUAAUCCCUGCGCCACACUUCAGCUUCAGAUAGGUCCGUGUGCCAGGUAACGUACGUUAACCGCGAAGUACGUAAGAAGUACGCUCAGUUUACAUCCAGGAGGACAAUGGCAGUGUCGGAUGUGUUUGCCUGGCUGCGGAAGUACCUGACAGUAGAGCCAGUGAUGCUGUUAUACAUGACUGGUGCAUUCCUGCAGUCCCCAAUACUGCAGCAGCUGGUCUACCAGAAAAUCUGCAUCCAGAAAUACAAUAAUACCAACCUCUGCAGUAACCUUAGUGGGCAUAAAACAGAGGAGAAGUUUGUGGAGACAACGGCAUCUCAGUAUCUCUUGUACCUGAAUGUCGCCAAUGUCAUCCCGUCAGUGCUGGUCUUGUUCUUCCUCGGAUCGUGGACGGACAGGUUCGGACGUAAAACUGCCAUGGUCAUGCCGUCCGUCGGAGCCUUGAUUAGUGCUACAAACCUCAUCAUUCAGUCGACGUACAUCUACGCUGCCCUACCUUACCUCUUCAUCGGAUCCAUCGUGGCAGGGCUGACAGGAGGCUAUGCCUGUGUGCUGAUGACAACCUACACAUACAUCACAGAUAUCACAGACAACAACACACGCACAUGGAGGAUCGGCAUCCUGGAGGCAAUGACAGGUUUGGGGGCAACCAUCGGAUCAGCCCUCGGUGGAGUCAUGGUGGACGAACUCGGCUUCAUGUCUGUGUUCAUCCUCUACCUCGUCUUGAAUGCUGUCUCAAUAGUCUACAUUGUGUUUUGGCUGAAAGAAACAGUACAGAAAAACACGGGAAGUGUCCAGGAAGAGGAUGACGACUCUGCAGGGGGUAAGAUAACUGCGCUGGUCAACAUUGAGAAUGUGAAGAGAUGGGGGAGAGUCAUCUGCAAGCCGAGGGAGAAAAGAGGACGACUUCACAUCAUUCUGCUGCUCAUCGCUUUCUUCAUAAGCAUCAUGAUAUUUAUGGGCUGGAGUGACAUCGGGUUCCUGUUUGUGAAGUACCAGCUGGGUUCCAAGUGGACCAGCACCCUGUAUGGGACCUUCCUGGCUGUCACGGGAGUCCUGGCGUUUGUAGGUCUGUCAGUGUUCCUACCUCUGAUGUCACGUUUCCUGGGUGACACUAAGCUGGGACAGGUGGGCAUGCUAUCCAGGGCUGCCAGCAACAUCACAGUAGCCUUCACCACAACUGUUUGGAUGCUUUUCCUAGGUUCUGUAAUGGGAAUGUUUUCUGGGUUUGGUGCUGCUUCUUUAAGGUCCCUCUUGUCAAAAGAAGUGGAACUCACAGAGAAAGGUGCACUAUUCUCUGUGGUGUCAUCAAUUGAGGUGAUGAGUCAGCUCCUGGCCAGUGUACUGUUCAACAAUUUGUAUCCCGCCACGCUCAGCUUCUUCCCAGGCUUCUGCUUCCUACUGAUGGCUGGAUCUCUUAUCAUUCCUUUAGGCAUACUACAGUGGCUGGAGAUGGACAUUAAGCGUACCAAGUCCUACUCCACUCUUGAGGAGGAAGGUGAGAUUGCAGACGAGACGCGACCUUUAUUACACGACAAGUGAGGGCGUUGUGAGGUAAUGAGUUGGAAGGAUCUCCUGAUACCAGACCGUCUGAUGAUGUACAGGUUACCCAGCAGUCUCCAGAACAACAAGUCCAACCAGACAUAUCCAAUGAACAUGCUAGUGUCUAAGAGAGGUGCAGAUACACAAUGAUGUGCUAUAGAUUGUUCAAAUCGAUUUGAAUUAUUCAUUUUGUUUUUUUAAUGAUUUUUGCCAGUAUUAAUGAGUUUGUAAAUUGUGAUUAUAUUUUUUUCCUUUUUGUUCUACAUACUUUUAUGAUUCCUAUAAGUAUUUUGUGUAUGAAUAUGAGAAAAAGAUACUAAAACAGGAGAAUGUACAUCAUGGAAGAAUAAGUAUACUGCCUGUAUGAGGUACACAGUGAUAAAACCUUACCAUGAGUAUAGGAGAUAAGAGUCAGGC